UGAACUUGCUUAGUGAUGAUGCCAAUCCAACAAAUCAUAAUCUACCUUCCUCAAACCCCUAUAUAAGCAAACCCCAUUUGGCUCUAGCUUAAGCACACCUCAAGUACCUCCUUCACAUUCCUCACUUAUCCACAUUGACUUGUCUUUCUCCUUAGCACCCUCUCAUUUCUUGCCUUCCCAAACUAGCUUUCCCACUUUCUAAUUCAUCAUUAUUCAACCUUUUUGUCAUUGUUCUAUCCUAUAUCAAACUUUUAGACUACAUUUGUGGACUUAGAAGCAAGAUGGACAGGGUGAAAAACAUGGCAUCAGAGAGGCCAGUGGUGAUCUUCAGCAAGAGUUCCUGCUGCAUGUGCCACACCAUCAAAACCCUCUUAUGUGACUUUGGGGUGAAUCCAACAGUUCAUGAACUUGAUGAGAUACCAAAAGGGAGAGACAUUGAACAAGCACUUUCAAGGCUAGGGUGUAGCCCCUCUGUCCCAGCUGUGUUCAUUGGUGGUGAGCUUGUAGGUGGAGCCAAUGAAGUUAUGAGUCUUCACCUAAACCGUUCCUUGAUCCCAAUGCUUAGGAGAGCAGGAGCUAUUUGGGUUUGAGAAACCACUCCUCACCUUCCUCAUCAGGCACUAAUAAAAUCUGUUUUCAUUACAUGUGUACUGAUGAGAUUAUAUAUAGAGGCCGGAUAUAUUAUAGUAUGUAUGUAUAUUAGUAUAGAGUUUAUGCUACUAAUUUUGUAAUAAUAAGGCUAAUUAACUUGACCGAUCAAGGUCUAAUUAAUUAGCCUCUCUCUUUUUGUAUUGAAUGUAGCGUUUUAUUUUUGCUACUUGUAAUAAAGGGUUUAUCUAGCCUCAUGUUGUAUGACAGAAGAAAUCUCACCCACUAUCUAAAAAAUAAAAAAGAAAGAAAAGAAAAAUAUUGUACGGUUAUCAAAUGGUGUAUAGGAAGAAAACUUACCACAU